UCUGAAUAACUAUUUAUGUGCAAUGGAAUCUCUUCAAGAAAUGUGUCAAUACUUACGUCCAGGAAUGCGAUUAGAUUUAAAAGCCGUUGCCUUGGAACACGUACUCAGUGUAACUGGAACAACCGAAGGACGAGAACUUUUAUUGAAACUUCCAGAAUUACUAACUCAGUUAGUUGUUUUAAUACAAGACUCCUCUACAGCAAUUUCUAAAGAUGCUUCUUUAGCUUUAAUAAAUAUAACUGCAGAGGAAGCAGGGACCAGCGCAUUCCUACUGAUCUCAGAAAUGUCUAAACAGAGUCAAGAUACAAUAUAUAAUUACAAUUUAAUACAUGUUUGUAUUAGAUUUAUAAUGGAUAAGGAGAGUACCUUAGCAGAUCCAUGUUGUAUGAUACUUUCUAACAUGACCAGACCAUUGCAUUUAGUUGAUAGAGUUGUAAUACUUAUUGAAAAAAGUAAAUAUACGUGGGAUAGUAUAAUUGUUGCAUUUACUGCCAAACAGUACAACAAUACAGGUGCUAAACUACAUUAUUUAGGACCUGUAUUUAGCAACCUCAGUCAAUCCCCAAGAGUCAGAAGAUAUUUAAUGGACAGAGAACGUAGUGUUAUCCAAAGGCUAUUCCCUUUCACAGAAUAUACAGAUAGCAUAUUAAGACGUGGUGGAAUAGUGGGUACACUAAAAAAUUGCUGUUUUGAUGUUGAAAAUCAUGAAUGGCUGUUAAGCCCUGAAGUAGAUAUUUUGUCUUAUCUUCUGUUGCCAUUGGCUGGUCCAGAAGAGUUUGAUGAUGAGGAUAAUGACAAACUACCAAUUAGUUUACAAUAUUUGCCAGAGACCAAAACACGGGAACCAGACUUAGAUAUUAGGAUAAUGUUGCUGGAGGCAUUGGCCCAGCUGUGUGCCACAAAGCAAGGUAGGGAGACAUUGAGGGCAAAGAAUACUUACGUAAUACUCAGAGAGUAUCACAAAUGGGAAAAGAAUACAAAUGCCCUACUAGCUUGUGAAAAUGUUAUAGACAUUUUAAUCAGGACUGAAGACGAAAUAGGUUUAGAUAAUUUGAAGGAAGUAGAGGUUCCUUCUGAGUACACAGAGAAGUUUCAUCGAAUGGAUAAAGAUUUUAUUAAUAGUACACGAUAG